AUGGCCUCAUCAACAAAGUUUCUGCGAGAGUAUAAACUCGUCGUCGUCGGCGGAGGCGGCGUCGGUAAAUCUUGCCUGACGAUUCAAUUGAUCCAAAGCCACUUUGUCGAUGAAUAUGAUCCCACGAUUGAAGACUCGUACCGAAAGCAGUGCCUCAUCGACGACGAGGUCGCUCUGCUCGAUGUCUUGGAUACCGCCGGCCAGGAAGAGUACAGCGCCAUGCGCGAACAGUACAUGAGGACCGGAGAGGGCUUUCUGCUCGUCUACUCCAUCUCGUCGCGCCAAAGCUUCGAGGAAAUCACCACAUUUCAGCAGCAGAUCUUGCGGGUCAAGGACAAGGACUACUUCCCCAUGGUGGUGGUAGGAAACAAGUGCGAUUUGGAUGAGCGCGAGCGCGAGGUCUCAUGGCAGGAGGGCGACGCGCUGGCCAAGUCGUUUGGCUGCAAGUUCCUCGAGACGUCAGCCAAAUCUCGCAUCAACGUCGACAAGGCCUUUUACGAUAUCGUGCGCGAAAUCCGGAGAUACAACCGCGAGAUGCAGGGCUACUCCACCGGCAGCGGCGGUAACUCUGGCAUGAACGGCCCCCCCAAACCGAUGGAUAUGGACGAUGGUGAGAAGGAGCCCGGCUGCUGCGCAAAGUGCGUCAUCAUGUGA